UCCCCGAUCUUGUUUGUAAACAUUCCCGCCCGCCUCUCCCGCUGACCCCCGACCCCCGCGGGAGGGCGGGCGCUGGGCUGCCGAGAGUUGAAUAAGCGACUCUUGUCAUCUUAUAUGAUAACAACCUUCGGUGGAUCAUUUGCAGCCUCCUCUUGCUACUGCUUUGAAGUUUCAUCAUCCUUGUCAAGAUCUGGAAGUGCAGCUCAGGAUAUGGUAGUGCCCACAAAUCAGUAGUGGGAGGAAAAUAUGCUUUUGACAGGAGGGUUGAAAUCUCUCCUUCCCCAUGUGCUAAGAAGAAUAAUUAGAUGCAACAGACUCAGUAUUAGUAAUACUUCUGGAAUGGCAGAAGGCUACAAACAGGCCAAUAUUGUGAUUUUGCACAAGUCCCUGGCUGAUGACUUUGAGAAGUUCUGCCGUGCAAACGAUGGACCCCUGCCACUGCUGUACAGAAGUCAACCAGGUGACUGGAAAUGUCCUUCCCUGAGAAGUGAUUCUGAUAUCAGAACUGAUUGCCUACAGUACAGAAAAUAUGAGCAUGGAGCUUGUACUGGAUCACUGAAAAGCCUUAAGGAGUAUUCUGAACAACUCAAGGACAUGGUGACUUUUUAUUUAGGCUGCAGCUUCUCUUCUGAAAAAGCAAUCCAAAAAGCUGGCAUUCCUAUCAGAAACGUUGAGCAAAAAUGUAAUGCAAGCAUGUACAAAACAUCUGUGCCUUGCAACAGCAUUUCUAUGUUUCACUGCAACUUAGUAGUCACAAUGAGACCCAUUCCUGAAAGCAAGUUGGGAGCAGCUGUGUCAGCAACAUCUGGAUUAAAAGAAGCCCAUGGAGCACCAAUUCACAUAGGUGACCCUGGUCUGCUGGGAAUACAAGAUCUUUCUAAACCAGACUAUGGCAAUCCAGUUCACCUUCACCCUGGUGACAUUCCAGUGUUUUGGGCCUCAGGAGUAACAGGAGUAGAAGCAAUUAUCAACAGCCGAGCUCCAUUAGCUUUUACCAAUUCUCCUGACUGCACGUUCAUUACCGACCUAGAGAGAGGUCCAGUCAGCUCCUCAGGAGGAGCCCCACAGGUCCACUGCAUCUCUCGAGAUCCUCUGCAUUUCAGCAUUGUGUCAGCAGAAGCAGCCCAAAAGAUAAAUACUCUGGAGACCCUAAUUGGAGUAGAUCCAGGGGAGCGGGGGAUCGGGCACCUGCGGCGGCAGGGGGAGCUGCUGGGGGCCAGCCUGGCCCUGUCGCGGGCGGGCUCAGUGCUGGUGACCACGGGAUUCCCCACGCACUACAGCCACCAGCCCCCCGAGGAGAACGACGGCCCCCCGGGGGCCCUGGCCAUCGCGGCCAUGCUGCAGGCCCUGCAGAAACGGGUUGCCAUGGUUACGGAUCGCAGAGCCAUGGAGCUGAAUACAAAGAUUAUUGAAGAAGCUGUUCAACUAGGAAUCCUGAAGAAGCCCAUCCCUCUAUUGAGUUAUCAAAGGGAAAAUGCCAAUUCAGCGUUAAUGUUUUUGUGUGAGAAUGGGAAUCCUGGAAGACCUAGAUUUGAUCACCUGGUAGCAAUAGAGCGUGCUGGGAUGGCUGCUGAUGGCAAUUAUUACAAUGCCAGGAAAGUUAACAUCAAACAUCUCGUGGAUCCCAUAGAUGAACUAUUUUUAGCUGCACAAACCAUUCCAGGAAUCACAACAACAGGUGUUGGAGAUGGAGGAAAUGAACUAGGAAUGGGCAAAGUCAAAGAUGCUGUGAAGAAGCACAUAAAAAAUGGAGAUGUUAUAGCUUGUGAUGUUGAAGCUGAUUUCACUGUUGUAGCUGGUGUGUCUAACUGGGGUGGCUAUGCCAUUGCCUGUGCCCUGCACGUGCUGCGCUGCUGUGCCACCCACGAGCGGUACCUGUGCCGCGCCCUCGGCUGCCCGCGCGCCCCGAGCCAGCGGCCCUGGCUGCCAGCGCUGCCCUCCGUCCCCAAGGAGGAAAAGCUUCUGAAAGCACUGGUGCAGCUCGGGGUCCGCAGUGGCAAAACUGCCAGUCUGGAGAUGGAGGUGGAUGGGCUGCCCUUCUACAGCACCCACUCACUGAUGAUUGAAAAGCUGCUGCAGGAAGCUCAGCACUGACUGCCCCUAGUGAUUUCUAUAUGAAGAGAUGCUCCCAUGUAAUUUCCUUAUUUUUGAGGCUCUCUCAAGAUGUAAAAGAUCAGAAAAAGAUGGCUUUUCAUCUCUGGUGUCUUGACCACACACAGCCUUUCAUUGUUAUCCUUACAACAUCUCUGUGAAACAAGAAGAGGAUAUCAUCAUCCACUUGGCUUACAUUUCUUUUCUGUAAUUUUAUAAUGGAAAAUGGAAUUUUUUAAUUUUAUAAUUUUUAAUGGAAAAUUAAUAUUAAAUUAUAUUGUACAAU